GAAAUAGCUAGGCGGGGACUUCCGAAAGCCUUAUACUAUAAGGAUAUACUUAUAAUAAUUAUUCACUAUUUAGUAACGGGACGAGCCGUAUUAAUAAUAGCUAUUAAGUUUAUUUAUUAUAAAGGAGCUAAUAAUAAGCUAAGACCGACUAUUUUCUUCUAUAUACUUAUAAGAAAGCUUAUUUUUUAUACUAUUAGUAUUAUUAUUACUCUAGUACUCUAUAACUAA